AUGGAUUCGUCGCGUUCCGAGUGUCCGAUCUGUCAUAAAGAGAUGACCAAGUAUAAUGUCCGUCCUCAUUUGCGCACUGUACACAACCUUUCCCCUGGAAGAGCUGGAGAACUUGUGGCGCAGAAGAAAAAGACAGCAUUAGAAAGUCAGGGAAAGCAAGUGGAGAUGUGCAACGAGUGCGGAGCUGCUUUUUCCACGAGAAGAGGAUUGACAAUACACUUGAACUCCAAGCAUCGCGGAACGGUUGAUGUUGCUAGGACUGCAGAACAGGAAAGUCGCACUCCAACUUUGAAGUGUUGCCUUUGUGAAGGCGCUUUUAAAACGCAAGAAGAACUCAGUCAGCACUGUGGUAGGGAACACACCGAAGAUUCUGAAAGACCUCAAGAUUAUACAGUGCAUAGGAUGUCCUUUUCAAGUUCGGAAGAAUACAAGGAAUGGUUUGGAAGAAUGUGUGAGGUGCACUGCAGUUCAUUUUUCUGCAGGUCAAGUGGAGCUAACCAGAAGAAACUGUUUAUGAGGUGCAACCGUUGUGGUGAAGGCAGAUCUCAGGGUGAACAGCGUAUUCGUAUAACCAAGAAAGUUCAUCCUUAUUGCUCUGCUUUUGCGAACGUGCAUUUCAAUGAAGACGAUACUGUUUCCGUGGUAGCAUGCUUUGGUCACAUUGGGCACGACCUCGAUCCGGCCCUACUUCGGUGGACUGACGAUCAAAUAGAGUAUCUGAAGCUCAUGCUACAAGAGUUUUCAACAGAUUACAUAGUACACAAAAUGAGGAAGGAUCACGAAUCCAAAGACUCUAAGUUGUACUUCAUAACAAAAAGAGAUCUCUGGAAUAUUAUGGCUAAGUACAACCUAAACCCCGGACAGCGCGAUAGAGAUGAUCUCACAUCUCUGAGAAUGAGGGAGGAAGAAAGAAAUCCCGAUGACGGGAUACGUUUCUUCAAAAUGCCGGACGAUCCAACUGGAAAAGGUUUUGUUCUGGUCAUCAUCACGCCUCUCCAGCAGAAGUGGCUGGAACAGUAUGGCCAUAGGGGCAUUUCGGUCGACGACACUCACAACGUCACCAGAUAUGCCUUGAAGUUGGCGACUGUAAUGGUUGUUGAGCGUGACCGGGGCCUACCCGCAGCUUUCUUGCUGUCGGGUGAGAUGACUUCAAGAGAAGUGGCGAUACUUUUCGAUGAAGUCAAACGGGUGCCCAACUUUGCCCCAAAGGAUCGUAGACAGCUCAGCUCGUCUUUCCGCGUGAGAGAGAACAACGUACAGCACAGGCUUGCUGUUCAGCUGUACAAGGGAAACAUGGACAGCAUCCACAAGGUUGGGGACAUGACGUGGAAUGUAGAUGCUACGACAUCGGAGACGGUGUACCGCGUCGAAUUCGUUGAGCAGUGCACUUGUCCUGUUCAGGCCAAUACGCACUGGUUCGAUGUCAUGUAUGUCCUUAUACAGGGACCUGUUCAUGCAGAGCUGGAGCUCUCGCUGGAGUAG